UGCGACUUCUAUUUCACACAAACGGAGGUGAACAUGGCCGAAGUGUCGGAGAGGACGUUACAGGUCGCUAUAGUCGUUUCGUUUGCAGCCGGUUUUAUCGCCGGCUGGCAGGCAAAUAGGAUGCGAAGAAGGUUCUUGGACUGGCGGAAAAAGAGGUUACAGGACAAGCUCGCAGAAACACAGAAGAAGCUAGACCUGUCAUGACGCUUACCAAUACAUCACGCAACCGACCUGUGCCUCGGUCUGAUGGAGUAUUCCUGGUGUAAAAACAGAUUGAGGAGUCCAUAACAACAGCUCUCAGAAGGAUCAGGCUUUCAACCUUGGAUCGGAGACACAAUCUACAGACUGGAGCAAAGCAAUACAACUAACUUAAGGACUUUAAAAACUCAGAAUUUUGUAUUUGUAAGAUUUUUUUUCUUUAACCCUCUCAAGGCAGGCCUUGCAGAUUUGCAACAGUAAAGUAACUAGAAACCUUAUUACUCCAGAUACAUAUUUUAUGUAUUUGGAGUACUAAAAACUUUACUAAAGGUUUCUAAAGUUACUAAGUUACUAAAACUUAAUUUGAGCCUGAGAGGGUAAUGUUUGUUCAAGCCAUAAAUCAUAUUACCAUGUCUGUUCCUUUACUUUGUCAUUUUAAAUAAAUGAUAUUUUAUUAA